UUGUUGCUGGAAAAGAAAAUUCAACUCCCUUUCAAGAACUUCUUUGACGUCCUUUCAAAUCAAACUUCCACAGAAGGAAGGAAUACAGAUUCCCGAUGGCCCCAAGCAAGAUUAGAAGAGCUAUCGGACAUGUGAAAGACCAAACCAGCAUAAGCCUGGCCAAAGUCGGCAACAGCAGCGCAAUUUCCGACCUGACAGUCGCCAUUGUCAAAGCCACGAGACACGAAGAAUACCCGGCGGAGGAAAGACAUAUUCGAGAAAUCCUAAGUUUAACCUCCUACUCACGUUCCCACAUCCGUGCAUGUGUCAAAACCCUCUCUAAACGCCUCAACAAGACCCGCAACUGGACGGUGGCCCUCAAAACCCUCAUGCUCAUCCAACGCCUCCUCUCCGACGGCGACGCCGCCUACCAGCAAGAGUUUUUCCUCUCCACGAGGCGCGGAACUCGGAUCCUCAACAUGUCGGAUUUCCGGGACACUUCCCAAUUCGAUUCAUGGGAUUUCACUGCAUUUGUAAGGACUUACGCACUCUACCUCGACGAGAGACUGGAAUACGUAAUGGAAGGCAAGUUUGGUGGGAGACGAAGCGUGUGUGGAUCUACAGAAGACGAUCAAGAAGAUAACGAUGACGGUGCCAUUGUUGUAAGAUCUGUACCAGUUGCUGAGAUGAAAACCGAGCAUCUGUUUUCAAGGUUGCUGCAUUUGCAGCAGCUCCUCGAUCGAUUCUUAUCCUGUCGUCCAAUAGGUUCAGCGAAGUGCAACAGGGUCGUCACCGUGGCUCUUCACCCGAUAGUGAAAGAAAGUUUCCAGAUAUAUUACGAUAUAACGGAGAUAUUAGGGGUUUUAAUCGAUCGUUUCAUGGAGCUUGAUAUGUCUUAUUCCAUAAAAAUAUAUAAUAUAUUCUGCCGUGAAAGAAAACAGUUCGUCGAGCUUGAAAAUUUCCAUUCAUGGUGCAAGAGCGUAGGCAUUGCUCGAUCCUCUGAUUAUCCUGUGAUCCAGAAAAUCACCCAGAACAAACUCGACAUUAUCGACGAAUUUAUACUUGACAAAUCUGCAUUGGAACAAACAAAGAUGUUCAGGGAUGAAUUUGGGUUAGGUAAAGAAACAGAAACGAGUGAAGAAGAAGAAGAAGAUGAAAAAGAGAUUAAAGCGUUACCAGAACCUAACCAUGUUGAUGAAGAACCCGAGCACAAGAAAGAAGAGGAGGUAGAUAAUUCCAAAGCUUUAGUUGUGGAACAAAUGGGUGAUUUAUUGAACCUCCGGGACGACUCAAUGAGUCAAGAUUACGGAGACAGAUUGGCUUUGGCUUUGUUUGAUGGUUAUUUAACGCCGGUCUCCGCUUCCGCCCCGUCUUCGGGUCCGGGAUGGGAAGCUUUCAAGGACGAUACUGAUUGGGAAUCAGCUUUGGUUCAAUCAGCAAGCAACUUGAAGAACCAGACUGCGACACUCGGUGGUGGGUUCGACUUAUUAUUGCUCGACAGCAUGUACCAACAGGGCGCCAACAUGGCGGCCAUUGCUUCACCGGGUUAUGCCACCACCGGAAGUGCUAGCAGCGUUGCAUUUGGUUCAGUCGGGAGGCCGGUGACACUUGCCUUGCCGGCACCGCCGUCCUCAAAACACAUAGGAACCGACGUUGCUGAUCCGUUCACGGCGUCUCUCGCCCUGGAGCCGCCGUCGUACGUGCAAAUGUCGGACAUGGAGAAGAAGCAGAGGUUUUUGGUGGAGGAGCAAGCGAUGUGGGAGCAAUACAGGAGGGAUGGAGUACAAGGAUAUGGGGCAAUGGCGAAAGUACACAAUUACCCUUACAGCCCAGGGUACUCUCCUUGGUAUGGUUACUGAAGCCAUGGUUAAAUCCAUCAAUUCGGUUAGUUAGGAAUGGAAGUUGGGAGAACAAAGCAAUAUAGCAAA